AUGCAAAUCACCAGCAUUGCUGCUACUACUACUCUCCUCCUGGCCUCUGGCGCCUUUGCUAUGCCCGCUCAAGGCGAAAUUGAGCAUGCUUUAUCCAAGCGUACCUGCGGCGAACUCAAGGGCACACCUCUCAAGGCUUGCCAGACGGUUUGCAUCGCAGCUUGUGAUGCUGUUACCGACCUCAUUCUGAAAAACUUUUGCAAGACUGCCUGCACUGCUGGCCCGCUUAAGCGAUCUGAUACACAUGCUACUCCUGCACCCAAGGCCCCCAUCAGCUUGGACAGCAUCACAGCAGAUGACCUUGUUGUCCUUGGCCAUGUACUCGGUUCCAAGGAGAACAAGGUUGUCAAGAGGGCUCCUUCAUUUGGCAAGGAAGCCUGCAUUGCUGGUUGUGAGGUUCUCUGCAACUCAACAGUGCUUGCCUUGGCACAGACCAAGUGCCUGAGCGAAUGCAAGCCCAAGUGCAAAUAG